UGAGCGUGAAACGGAAGUGCCCGUGACGCGGGGCGGGGGUGGGAAGGCUGGAAAAAGAUGGCCGCCUCCGUCUCGGGCUACACUUUCAGUUCUCUGGUCUAUCAUCACGCAAACAGCCCCUCGGACCACGAAGGAUUCCUUUUGGGUGAUGUAAAACAACUUGAGACUUUCAGUAUUAGUGAUUCACAUAUCAGCAACACGGAGCUGCUGCAAGUUAUAGAAAUCCAUAAUCAUGAGCCUGGUUAUCAACUCUUUAGUUUUUAUGACUAUGCAGGAAGGGUUGAUGAAGAGAGUCUGGAUAGAAUCCUCAAAGGAAGGAGGAAAAAUGUUAUUGGCUGGUACAGAUUUAGAAGGAAUACACUGCAGCAGAUGUCCUACAGAGAGCACAUUAUCCAUAAGCAGUUGACAAACAUCCUUGGAGUGCCUGAUCUAGUCUUCCUUCUGUUUAGUUUCAUCUCCACAGCAAACAACUCAACGCAUGCUUUGGAAUAUGUGUUGUUUAGACCCAGUCGCCGGUAUGAUCAGCGAGUUUCACUCACAAUUCCCAAUUUGGGGAACACUAGUCAGCAAGAAUACAAGAGUUCCUCAGUGCCAAACACAUCCUGGAAUUAUGACAAAGUGGUAACGGAACACGGCGCUGAGUUCUUUGACAAAGAUGGAGUGAUUAAAGAUAUCAGGGCCAUUUAUCAGGUGUACAAUGCACUUCAAGAAAAACUGCAAACAGUAUGUGGAGAAGUGGAAAAGAGUGAACAAACAGUUGAAAGUUAUCUUCUAGAAGUGGAUAAACUGAAGAAACAAAUAGCACGCAGGAAAAGAGAGAUUGAAGAGGAAAAGAAACUUCAAGAAGCUGCAAUGAAUAGAGGAAUAGCUGAAGAAAAUUCAGUUCAUGUGCUUAAUCUGAGGACCAGUCCUGGACAAGUAAUGGAAGUACAAAUGCAAGAAAGUUUGGACACUACUAAUGCUCUGUUGCCUAAUUCUGAUCUAUCUGAUAUCACUGCUAGGGGCAAUAUGCAGGUGAUGAGUAGCGUUUAUGUGCCUCGGUUACAGGGUGUGGGUUCUGCUGGCAAAGCUUCAGCAAGCACAAGUGCUCAAAACUACUAUGGAAGCCAAAUGGGGAGUCCCCAGUCUCAAAUAGCACAUGGAGUUACUGUUAAUAACGAAGAGGACAAUUAUGAAAGCUUGCACGAACCUUCAGAAACGUCUGACAGUGAAUACACUGCAUUAGGCGAAAUGUGUCCGAAUUCACAUCCAAAUGAAGAUACAAAUCAAACAUCACAAAUAUAACAGACUCUUGUGGCACUAAUUUUGUGAUGCGCAUUAAUUUUGAAGGAAGUGAGAAAAGAUAGUUUCAGGCCAAGCAAUUGAAUCAAUGCGUAACAGGAAGGCUUCUGUGUGCAGAAAACGUUGAUAUCCUACUUGGAUGUUUAUUGCCUUGUGCAAAGUCUGAUUUCAGAUAAAUGGGAUGUAGGUUUUUUUCUGUACUCUUUAGAAAGGUUCAUGUGUUACAGCCAAAAAUUGCUUCCAAAGGCACAAUACCUACUGUAGACACACAAUGGUAGCACCAGAUUUUAAGUGGUAUCACAGACUUAAAACCAAUUGCUGCUGGGUGUGGUAUCUAAUGAAGUCUUUUAAUUUGACAAUACCAUACUACUUGCACUAUUUUGUUUUUUGCCUUUUUAUUUGCAGGUUCACAAAAGGGAACAUUGUCGGCGGCCUUCAGAAAUCAAAUUCCCCAGUAGGAGCCAAAUUAGUGCUUGUUCAAAUCUUUGUUACCUAAAUGGAACGGAGAUUGAUUAUAUAAUUGCUUUAGAUUGCACGUUGUAAGAUUAUCUGUGACUAGGACUGUAAUAUUUGUACAAUUUGAAAUUUUGUAGUGUAAUGUAUUACUGCACCUAACAAUUCAGUCCUUUUUUUUUUACAAAAAAAGGAAAUGUAAUCCAAAACAGCUUUGAUUUCUUCAAUUAUGUGCCUGACUGGUAGUAUAGCAAAAUUUGUAUAUAUAAAAAAAAUAAUCUGCUCACUGCUCCUGUUUACUAGAAUUAUUGCUAUAUUCCUUUUUGGGUGCUAUAAUUUUUUUUCAAUUCUGUUUCCAAAUUUUAGCCUGGAAUUUUUUAAUUGAUCUGAGGAAAUGGUUCAGUAUGUAAAAGAUAGCCAUCAAGAUUGUUAAUUGGGUCAAUCUGAGUUAAAGGAAUAUUUUGGGGAUAACACAAAGAACUCUUAGAGGAGAAAAAUUGCAGGAAUUAACAAUUUAAAUUUAACAGCUUUUGAAUAUUCCCAAUGCGGGGCUAAAAUGUCAAAAUCUCAUUAAAUGUAUUGACUUUGGGUUAGGUGUCAAAUCUUUGGGUGACAAUCUUUUGUACAAACUGAGACAAAGUAUUUGUGUACAACUUGUUUUUGUGCUAAAUUUGCUAUUCGCGGGGUGCUUUUACAUUAGGUGAUGUACCCAAUCCUGUACUCAGGAAUUCUGUGUGUGUGUAUGUAAAAUGAAUGUCAUGCAUUCUUUCAGAUUAAAAGUAAAUGUAUAGACUCCCCACUCCGAGUUGCAGCCUGAAGGUAUCCACAAUGAUAGAUUUUUGAUCAGGUUUUACCUACAAUUCAACUUUUUAAAAGUUUGGUAACAGAAAAGCACUUUGUCCCAGUUUUUUGUUUAACCUGUCAAUUUCAAAAAUUGUGUAUAAUACCAAAUACCCUGCAAUUUUACAGUAUCAUAUUUGGUUUGAUGCACUCAACAACAAAACAAAUCGUUUUUUUACGAGGAAAGCAAGUAUUCUAUUUUGUCUGGCUCUUGAAAACAUUUUGUGUAAUCAGACAAUGUUUAGAUUUUGCAAGUAUAUGAAUACUGUUCUUGCCAUCAAAUGGAUGAUUGACAAUUUGCACAAAUUAAUUAAACUUACUAUCUGCAGUUUUAAAUUUGUUAAUUACCAUUUACAAAUACCCUUCAUAGAACUUGUCAGAUACAUUACCUGAAAUUGGACAACAAUAGACCUAUUAACAUCAAUAUUAAGAUAAAUGUCUCUGUUAAAAGUAAAAUUAUCAGCUGUUACAGCACAGAAGAAAAUUAAUGUAGUGCCAAACUUCACUUUGGAGGGGAAAAAAUCAAUUAUAAAAUUAAUGGAUAUCUGAAAAUGUAUUGAGUUGCAGAGACACUAUGAUGCUUAUCAGAAUAGCGUUAAAUUGCUUUAUCCAAUAUAAAUUUCUUCCACUAUUAAAUGAAAAACCGGCACCAUAAUCAUGGCUUUAGAACGCCACUGGUUAGUAGCUGUGGAAGUGGUACAAUUAUGCUUUUUUUCUUGAGUAUUCUGAGAAGAUAAUGUUCCCUGUUAGAAGUCCGAGAGCUAUUGUGAGUUAAUCUGCAGACAUGGAAUAGUGUUAUGCUGUCAUUGCAUACAAACACUUCCAUCGGCACCAUUGUCCCAAAAUGUGGCAUUACAACUUCAAUUUCUAUUUACAGAAUUUUAUAUCGCAAUUAGCAUAGGACUUUAAGUUAAACUUCUAUUAUGCUCUCAUAAUUUGAAAUUACUGCAUUCUCUGGUCAUAAAUUUAAUAUAAUACUUUGAUUGUACCAACAUUUUUUCAGCAUUUGCCAGCCACAUAAUCUGCAAAUGUGUUUGACUCAUUGAAGUUUGGAAAGCCAAACCUUGUGUAGACAGUAACAAAAAUGUAAUGACUAACAGUCUAACCUCGUCUUAAAUAAGCUAGAGGAGAUAUAUAGAAUUAUUUGGUAACUGAUCAUCAUGCAACAUGUUCUUGUUUCUGCAUUAUUACUGAAGUUUUAAACACAACUUCUUUUGUGGCCAUGUGCAGUGCCAGCUGUUUUACACAUUUUGGAUGGAAUGUUUGGGCUAUAUUUUCAGUACUCUCUUGUGGGGUACAUUGGAUUGUAGUAUGAUUGAUAUCCGGUGAAAUUUUUGUUAAAAUCAAUUGUCUCAAUAUACAAGAAUUACAUGCCACUGUCUAACCACUUUCAGUUCAAGCCUGUCUUCCCAAGGAACUACUUUUCAUGAAGUUGCACACGACGUUUCACAAAGCAACAGUGAUUCUUCAUGACCAAAUCUUUUUCAAAAUUUAACUCCAUACUGGUUUUAAAUAUACUAGUGUAAUAUUCAAAUAAUUUAUGGCAAUAGUGCCAUAAGGGGGGAGAUAACAGUUGAAUAUUUGUCCAUUUAAUAUCUUUCAAAGAAUUCCAUUAAUUGUUGACCCAGCCUGUGGUACAGAAUUGCAAGGUAGCUGAUGACAGUGAUGGCACUAUCAUCCUAAUGACUACAUCACUAGAGAGGGGAGGUAAUUGAUGACCUAAUCUACUUGGUCUUGAAUACCAGUGUUGGUAUUUGUAGAAUGUGCUUAGAUUUAGAUUGAUUUUGAAAUAUAAAGUAUUCACUGGCAGAUUAGAAAGUUAGUGAACAAACAUUAGCAUUGCACUGUCAAUUAAGUAUUUGGAGUUGGCAAGUUAGUGCUAAAUGGAAAUCUAGAAAGUAUGAAUAUGCAGUUAUUUAGUAUGCAUAUACCCAAAAUAUUGUAUGGAAAGUCUGUAAAAUGAGUGACAAAGAAAGCAUCAUAAUAGAUAUUAUCUUCCCUGUCCUUGGAAAUAAACUAUUGAAAAUUAAAAAAAAGUGUGAAAUAGUGA